AUGGCUUCAACGCUAAUUCACUGCUCUCUCUACAACUUUUACAAAAACAAAAACGCCUCUCCAAAGCAAAACAAACCACCAAAAACAACACAAGUCAAGCCAAAAACCACAAGAAAAUCACCCCUUAUCAAGAGAACCCAGCCAAAUAUUUCAUUAAAACCUCUGGUGCGUCCCAACGGUCUCGAAAUCACAAGGGCUCUUUGUGGUUUCGUGGAAUCUGGGUCAAUGGAUAAUGCACUCAAUCUGUUUGAGAAAAUGAACCACUCAGAUACUUUUAUAUGGAAUGUUAUUAUUAGAGGCUUUACCAAUAAUGGAUUGUUUCAAGAAGCUAUUGAUUUUUAUUAUAGGAUGGAAUAUGAAGGUAUAAGAAGUGAUAAUUUUACUUUUCCGUUUGUGGUGAAAGCGUGUGGCGGGUUAUUGUCUUUGAUUGAAGGGCAGAAGGUUCAUGGGAAGCUGAUUAAAAUUGGGUUGGAUUUAGAUGUUUAUGUUUGUAAUUUUCUUAUUGAUAUGUAUGUAAAGAUUGGGUUUAUUGAGCUUGCGGAGAAGGUGUUUGAUGACAUGCCUGUGAGGGACUUGGUUUCUUGGAAUUCUAUGAUUAGUGGCUAUCAAAUAGUUGGUGAAGGAAUGAGCUCGUUGAUGUGUUUUAGAGAAAUGCUCGAGUUAGGAAAUAAGGCUGAUAGGUUUGGUAUGAUUAGUGCUAUCGGUGCUUGUUCUAUUGAGCGUGGUUUGCGAAGUGGAAUGGAAAUUCAUUGCCAAGUGAUUAGAAGUGAGCUUGAAGUGGACAUUAUGGUACAGACAUCGCUUAUCGAUAUGUAUAGUAAGUGUGGUAAGGUGGAUUAUGCAGAGAGGGUUUUUAAUAGGAUUUCUUCCAAAAAUAUUGUGGCUUGGAAUGCUAUGAUUGGUGGAUAUUCUCUAAAUAAUUAUUCUUUUGAAUCUUUUGCGUUCUUGAAAAGGAUGCAAGAGGAUGAUAAAGUGAUUCCGGAUGUUGUUACAGUAAUAAACCUGCUCCCUUCUUGUUCACAGUCAGGAGCUCUGUUGGAGGGUAAAUCUAUCCAUGGAUAUGCCAUUAGAAAAAUGUUUCUUCCUUAUUUAGUAUUGGAAACUGCUCUAGUUGAUAUGUAUGGAAAAUGCAGAGAGUUGAAACUGGCAGUGCGUGUAUUUGAUCAAAUGAAUGAAAAGAACUUGGUAUCAUGGAACAACAUGGUUGCUGCUUAUGUACAGAAUGGGCAGAAUGGAGAAGCUUUGACAUUGUUUCAACAUAUUUUGAAUGAGCCUUCUAAACCAGAUGCAAUUACUAUUGCAAGCGUUCUACCUGCCUUUGCCGAAUUAGCCUCAAGGAGUGAGGGUAAGCAUAUUCAUGCUUAUAUCAUGAAAUUAGGGCUUGGUUCAAAUACUUUCAUUUCAAAUGCAGUUGUUUACAUGUAUGCAAAAUGUGGUGAUCUUCAGACUUCAAGAGAACUUUUUGACGGUAUUAUGUGUAAGGAUUUAGUUUCAUGGAACACAAUAAUCAUGGCUUACGCUAUUCAUGGGUUUGGAAGAACUUCCAUCCAGUUGUUUUCUGAAAUGAGGAAAAAGGGUUUCAAACCCAAUGGGAGCACUUUUGUUUCGCUAUUAUCAGCAUGCAGCAUUUCUGGUCUGAUAGAUGAAGGCUGGGGUUUCUUUAAUUCAAUGAAAAUGGAAUAUGGUAUUGAUCCGGGAAUAGAGCAUUUUGGCUGUAUGCUAGAUCUUCUUGGUCGUGCUGGAAAUCUUGCUGCAGCAAAGCUUUUCAUUGAAGAGAUGCCUUUGGUCCCAACAGCCAGGAUAUGGGGUUCUUUACUAGCCGCAAGUAGGAAUAAUAAUGACAUAGUCUUAGCUGAACUAGGAGCUAGGCACGUUUUAUCUCUUGAGCACGACAAUACAGGUUGCUAUGUCUUGCUAUCUAAUAUGUAUGCUGACGCUGGAAGAUGGGAAGAUGUAGAUCGGAUUAAAUAUCUUAUGAAGGAAAAAGGACUAGUGAAGACAGUUGGGUGUAGCAUGGUCGAUAUAAAUGGUAGAACUGAAAGGUUCAUCAAUCAAGACAAAUCCCAUGCCCAAACAAACAUGAUUUAUGACGUGUUGGAUAUUCUAUUGAAGAAGAUAGGGGAAGAAAUCUAUCUUCAUUCCCUCACCAAGUUCAGACCACUAGAUGUGAUCAAGAAAAGAGGGAACUCACCAGAGCAUCACAGUGUCAAACUAGCUAUCUGCUUCGGCUUGAUCUCUACAGCAAUCGGAAACCCUGUUAUUGUUAAGAAAAACACUAGAAUAUGUGAAGAUUGCCAUAAAGCUGCAAAGAAGAUUUCGCAGGUUACCAAAAGAGAAAUUCUAGUGGGGGACGCCAAAGUAUUUCACCACUUCCGGGAUGGAUGUUGUUCAUGUGGAGAUUAUUGGUGA